CUAAUAACUUAGUGGGGUACAUGCAUAUAUCGGCGAAGACCGGCUAGAAUAAGAUAUAUGCUAGUAGUACAUGAGCAGUCUUAUUUCUAAAGAUUUCUAAGCCGUAAUAACACUUAACAUGUAGCAAGACGCAAACACUAUUUUGUCACAUUUAUAUUAAAGGUCAUUCUAUUGCUUCAGACGUCGGUUGAGUCCCAAUCGAUGAUUCGGUCUAGACAUGUCUGACUAUCCGCCCGAAAUCACGCCUAUUGAGGGCAAAAAGUUGACUGAAGUCGUUAAGGAUUGGUCACUGGCCCAUGGCUUGACUGUUCGGCCACCUCCUACUGUCAUCCCUGCGGAGGCUGAUCCUGCAGGAAUUCUUGCAACCGCUGUUCCCGUUACCUUAUUUCCGAGCCCCUUUCCUCGCGUAUGCUUCGACCAAGCCAUCACGGUUCAGAAGGCAUAUAAUGAGUUAUAUGCUUCUAUCAGUCAAGACGAUGCAUUCCUUGCUCAUAUUGUGAAAGAAAUUGGAGACGGCGAUGACUUCACAACAGAACUAUGGAAGGUUCACCUAAGAGUCAAGGAGGAGGGCUAUGUUCAGCACAAAAGCCUCGGCAUCUUCAGGUCUGAUUAUAUGGUCCACCAAGAUGAUAUCGGAUCUCCCCCGCAGAUCAAACAGGUCGAGUUCAAUACAAUCUCUGCUUCUUUUGGGGGCCUCUCGUCUCAAACCUCACUGUUGCACAAAUAUCUGUCUGUAACAGAGUACCCAUUACUUGAGAAUCAUAUACAGAGAGGAAGUUUGCAAUUACCCAAGAACGAGAGCAUUGCGGGGUUGGCGGCAGGUAUUCGACAUGCCUUUAUGGAAUACGGCCUCCCGUCUACUCCCUACCAAAAAUGUGUCAUAUUUCUCACGCAAGGAGGCGAGAGGAACAUAUUCGAUCAACGUCAUGUAGAGUAUGAGCUCCAAGCUUCCCAAGAGCCGCAAAUACCUGUGUUUAGACUUCCAUUUUCCGAAACUUUGGAGCGUACAACCAUAGCCGAAAACCCAGGACGUCAGCUAUUAUAUCGCCCGCCUCAGUCACCUUCCCACUUAUUUGAAGUUGCUGUCGUGUAUAUGCGGUGUGGCUAUGGACCGUCAGAUUACCCCGACCAGUCUGCUUGGGAGGCUCGCUAUCAUUUAGAAAGGUCAGCAGCUAUCAAGUGUCCGACGGUGCUAACCCAGGUUUCCGGCACGAAGAAGGUCCAGCAGGUCCUCGCCACGCCCGAGACCCCUUCAAACCCAUCUGUAUUAGCCCGCUAUAUACCCAAGGAUUCGAUAUCUUUAUCCGAUCUGACGAACACUUUUACCAACAUCUAUCCCUUGGAUGAAACGGAAGCUGGACUUAAGGCUCGGAAAAUUGCCAGUGAUCCUGAGCUUUGCAAGGGUUACGUCCUCAAACCGCAGAGAGAGGGUGGUGGCAAUAAUAUUUAUCGUUCAUCAAUUCCACCUUUUCUAAAGUCCAUUCCUGAAUCGCACUGGCCAUCAUAUAUCCUCAUGGAACUGAUUACUCCACCGCCUGUCAAGAACACGAUCCUGCGCAAUGGAAAUCUAGAACACGGCGGCGUCAUUUGCGAACUCGGCAUAUUUGGGACAUGCAUAUGGGAUCAACAAUCUCGAACCAUUUUUCAUAAUGAGCAGGCAGGCUAUCUUCUACGCACAAAGGGAGAUCAAAGUGAGGAAGGUGGUGUGGCUGCUGGAUAUGGUUGUAUGGACAGUUGUACUUUGGUAUGAUAUGGAGGUAAAGCUUAAAGGAAAUUGCUGGAAACGCUCAAAACGCCAGCUCUAGACAAAUGGACAUUUCGUCCUUCAGGUUAAAUAGUUCUAUAUGUAACUAAUCAACACAUUAUUGGCCAAUGAGAUAUAUAUGAUAUAACCUAACAUGAUACUCGCAUAAG